GACAACCAAAAGCGGAAGCUGGACAACUUUACUCUAGUACUACCAUCGACACAGUGCUUGAUUUUGACAGUCUUUUUACUCUCGGCUAGUAUAUGGAAAUAGACGUGUGAAAUGAAGCUGAACGUAUCUUUUCCCGCUACCGGGGCCCAAAAGACCUUCGAGGUCAUGGAUGAUCAUAAGCUGCGUCACUUUUACGAUAAGCGUAUGGGUGCUGAAAUUACCGCUGAUCAUCUUGGCGACGAAUGGAAGGGUUACGUGUUUAAGAUUGCCGGUGGAAACGACAAACAGGGUUUCCCGAUGAAACAGGGUGUUCUAACCAAUACCCGUGUUCGUUUGUUACUGAAGAAGGGUCACUCUUGCUAUCGUCCGCGCCGUACAGGUGAACGCAAACGUAAAUCGGUUCGUGGUUGUAUUGUGGACCAAAACUUGUCUGCCCUUGCAUUGAUCAUCUUGAAGAAGGGAGAGAAAGACAUUCCCGGACUGACCGACACUACCGUCCCACGUCGCCUGGGCCCGAAGCGAGCGAGUAACAUCCGUAAGCUUUACAAUUUGACCAAACACGAUGAUGUUCGUCAGUUUGUUGUCAAACGUCCGCUGCCGGAGAAGGAUGGCAAGAAGCCACGUACCAAGGCUCCGAAGAUUCAACGUUUGAUCACUCCAGUCGUAUUGCAGCGCAAGAGGCAUCGUCUGGCUAUUAAGAAACGCCGCGUCGAAUCACGUAAAGAAGCCGAGGCCGAAUAUGUCAAGAUUUUGGCUGUUCGUCGCCGCGCAGAGCGUAUCCGUCGUCGGUCACGUUUGUCUUCGAUGCGUGAUUCGCGUAGUUCCAUCGGUUCUGAAAAGGAGAAAGAAAAGGCCGCUGCUAAGGUUGCCAAGAAGGUCGCCAAAAAGGAGGCCAAGAAAGAAGUGAAAAAGGUUACUGAGGCCGCUAAGAAGGCUGCCGACACGAAAGCUAAGUCUGACGCUAAAAAACCCGAGAAGAAGGCCGAUGCAAAGAAGGUCGAUGCCAAGAAGUCUGACUCGAAGAAAGCUGACGCUAAGAAGGCUGACCCCAAGAAAGCCGAUAGCAAGAAGGUCGAUGCCAAGAAGGCCGACUCCAAGAAGUCCGAUGCUGGAAAGAAGUCCUCCGGAGAAAAGAAGGCAGUGAAAAAGGACGCACCGGCAGCUCCCAAGAAGGAGGCGCCUAAGAGGAAACCGGAAGCUAGCAAGGGCGAAGCAAGCGCGGCCAAGAAGGAAAAGAAGCAGAAGAAGAAGUAAACUAUUCUUAUUCCUCUAGGAUGCGUUUUAUAAUUUAAUCUUAAUGGUAUGAUAAACAAGAUAAUACAGUUGAGAAAAAUG